AUGGUAUUGAUAUCACCUGGAACAUCUGAUGAGAAAGUUUUGGAUGAGCACCUAAAAUCAAAUUGCACGUUGCAUCUAUUAUCUUCACCGCCAUCAGUUUCACGAAAAAAAUGCGAUCUUAAAGAAUGCAACAACAAGUCUUCGGAUGUCGGGGUAAUGGUAUACGUCAUUUGUGAUGGAUGCGGAGAGACCUUUUGUCUGAAACAUCGUCACCCGUCAACACAUCAAUGUACAUCGCUAAAUGACCACGCAGAGGCAAAGGCAAAAAGGCGCCAGAUGGCAGAAGAAUUGAUUUCCAGAUACUUCAAAAAAUCAUCCAAUGUUGCCGGUAGCUCCAAGUCGUCCGCAGCUGCGACUACAAAAAAUUCGAAAAAGAAAAAAAAUAAGACGAUCGAGACCAUGAAACUAAAAUCAAAAGCUCAGGGUGACGAUUCGAUCCCCCUGGAUUCCAGAUUAUACCUUCUAGUUGUAUUCCCACGUGAUUCUAAUCUCACCAGUAAACCAAUGUUCUUUAAUAAGGCAAGUAAGGUGCUCGAUAAGAUUUCUAAAGAAGGAAGAAUUCGGAAUGUGAACAAUCAACUGCCAUUAGACGAUCCUGAGAGGUUAAUUCUAUUGAACUUGGAAUCUGGUAACACAUUAAGCACGGAGAAAAGAUUAUCGGAGCUUGUGGAAAGCGGAGAUUCUGUUGGAUUAGAAAAGUUAGGGGAUGUAACAAUUGAUAAAUAG